AUGCUUGAUGAAGGAGAAUACAGAUGUGAAGCUGUUAGUGAGAAGUGUAACAAUGGCAACCAAACCACUUUCAUCUCAGUGCAUUGUAAGGCUUCAUAUAGAGUUACUAUGAGUUAUCAAUUGUGUUAUCAAUUUUUUUCUUCGCUCAAUGAGAGUAAUUGGUUUUUAUAAAAAGCCAUGUUUCUCUAGAAAUAUUGACGAACAAGUAAAUUUUGAUUUUCUAAAGUAACUCCCUUCAUGUAACAACUAUUAUCUGAUAGGUUAGGUUGCCAAAUAGAAACAGCUUUUAAAAAUUACUUCAAACAACCAAGAUUUUUUUAUUUCAGAAUUUUUGAAAUGGAUUGUUCUACAAACAGUCUUUUAUUCAAGGCAUGUAAUAAUUUUAAAAAACAAACAAACCGAAAACAAAAGAAAUUGCAAAAAGAAUAAUAAAACAACUGGAAAAAGACAAUAAUAAUAAUAAUAAUAAUAAUAAUAAUAAUAAUAAAAAGAAAACCACAAGAGCUGAAAGGUUGUAGGGAAAACGAAGACCCUCAAAAGCUUAGACUUAAGACUUAAGACUUAAGACCCGAAAACGAAGGCUCCUCUAUUUUUUUAAUUUAAUAUGAUUUUUUUUUGCUUUUUGGCCGGAAAUAUCCAACUUCGCUUUUAAUCUUUGUAACAGUGAUAAAGCCGAAUGCAAUUAAACACCGGUUUUAUGUUAAAUGCAUGCCAACUUUGAAGAGAGCGUGCAAGCUCUCCAGCUCCCCUGGUUUGUUCGAAAUUCGCUUGUUGUAAAGAUUGCUGUUAGUAAAACAUCACUUUUUGCCUUGUGUGAAUUCUUGGACCAUAUUAAUUACUUCUGAAUCCAUUUGUGAUGUGUUCUCCAUGACCUAUUCGCAAAGGUGUUAGUGUGUGGUCGCCAACUCGGAUUUGAAAUUUUCAGGAUUUAUCUACAUAGCUCUAUUAAAUUCUGUGUAUCAACUCCUUUGAAACUUGUAUGAAAAAAGAAUUGCUGCUGGUUUAAAUUGCGUUUGUUAAAUUCCAUGUGAAUGGGCAGGACUCGGAUAUUGAAAUGAAAACUUUUCGGAGCUUUCUUUUGCACAGCCGUUUCUCUGACAUGACUUUAAACUUAAAUCCAACAAAAUGCUACACAGGCUUUUUUAUAGGCUCAUUCUGAACGUAAGUGUGGAAUUUUGAACAAGCACGGUUGAUCUUAUCUUCUAGGAUUCGGACGAUCGAGCACAGGCUAUAAUCGAUGCUAGAAUCCAUUGAGCUUUAUUUCGAGAUCCGCCGUCCCAGCUACGAUAUCUUUUCCUCUAGAUUUCGUUCGGCUUUGCUUCUGUUGGGAAAAGUCCCAUAACAGAACCACACUCUAGGAUGAAGGUCGUUUAAGAAUCAUCAAGGAAACAAGAAUCCAACAGUUCUCACACGAUUUUCACUGGCAGUUAGUUCGAUGGGAACAAAUGAACGGAAUUAAGGGAACACAUGUAAAACCGGUGUUUAAGUGUAUGCCUUAUCGCCAUUAGAAAAAUUAAAAACAGAGCUGGAUAUUUCCAGCGAGGAACUAUAACAAGAUCAUGUUAAAGAAAAUAAAGGGGUCUUCGUUUUCGGGUGCUUGUUUUCGGGUAUUCGUUGUUGGGUCUUAGGUCUUAGCUUUUAAGGUCUUCGUUUUCGCCACAACCAGGGCCGGAAUUCAUUUGACACCAGUUGUUCAAAAGGUUACUUUUAUUUAACUUGUUGGCAGUUAAUAAAAUUGAAAUUGACAAUCAAAAACAAUUUGGCAAGUGGUCUGAGGCUGUACGAUUUGAAUUUGUCACAAUCUCUUUAUUGUCAGUGUGCAAUUAAUUUUCAGUUGAACAGGAAAGAAAGAUAUUUUACUUUGAACAUUUGUAUUCCUUUCUCAGACAAACCAAAGAAUGUCACUUUGAAAAUAACAAGGACCAACGUCUGUAUAGAGUCUGCAGUUACCUUUAAAUGUGAGGCAAGAGCCAAUCCAGAAGUCGAAUACUAUCAGUUGUAUGAAAACAGUGCCCUAAUUGCUAAUGAAAGCAAAUAUGGAAUCUGGAACAAGAAGAUGUCGAAAGAAGGGGAAUUCAGUUACACUUGUGAGGCGAAAAAUCUUAUAGGAAUCUGGAAAAGUAGUUCCGUCAAUGUCACUGUUAGUGGUAAGUCUUGUUGAUAGAAUUAGUUUUUUUACAUCUCACCCAAAUCAUACAGUCUAGUGAUAUCUAAUUUUUGUAUAUACUCAGUAGAGUUGGUGUAAUGCAUACACGGCAAUAGUUACAUGUACUUUUGUUUGGAAUUGAUCUAACGCUUCGAUGAUUUUCUUUAUUCUUUUGUGCAGCUCAUCCUACCAUAUUGAGUAUCAAUAAUCCUAGUGCCUUUGAAGGCAGUGACUCGACUCUUUUCUGUAAUGUAUCUGGUUUCUCCACGACCGUCAGCUGGAAAAAUGUACGAAGUAAAGAGGAAAGGAGAGCCAGGAACUGGAUUUUUCGAAAUAUUACCAGAUUUGAUAAUGGGAACUAUACAUGUUAUGCCAACAAU